UCCAGAUUACAUGUUGAUUCAUGUAAACACCAUUCUUGAACCGUCUCCAACCUACACGAUUGUGUUUGAAUGCAGUCGGCUCUUAUUUCAGCUGGAAUACUAUGUCCUAUCUUUGGUGAAGGAAAUUGACUUUGAAAAAACAUUGUUCCCCUAAGCCACCGAUGGAAAAAAAAGAUCAUAUACGAGAGUUUUCAAUGGUUCAACAAAUAUGUCGCAACAAAUCACGAGCAGCUGUCUGCUGUGCGAAAUAUCGUGAAUCGGACUUCGUUCCCUGCUCCGUACAUAUUGUUUGGACCACCCGGUACUGGAAAAACUUCAACUAUCGUAGAGGCAGUUUUACAAAUUUGGAAACUACAACCCAAAGCCAACGUUCUCGUACCGGCAGCUUCAAAUUUCGCCUGUGAUGAAUUCACCACGCGCCUGCUGGAAUUCAUUCCCGCCACCGAUGUGUUCCGUUUCGUAUCCUUCGUAUCGAUUUUGCUGAUAACGGAACAACACCUUCGUUCUCAAAGAGCAGUGGAGGUUUUGAGGAAGGUGGUGCGUAUCGUCGCAGGCCCGACUACGAAUAUCCGGAAGGCGGUGCAUCAUACGAGGAAAAUUCAUCGUACGGCUAUGGUGGAAGUGGAAGACCGUUCCGCGGCCGUGGAGGAUUCCGCGGACGUGGUGGUUUCCGUGUCGGUUUUUAUCGUGAUGGCCCACCGCACCACGGGGACAAUGAUGAAUGGCGUCGAUCAGGAGUCGAUGGCAAAUAUGAUUCACGCCGUCGUUCGUGAACCAGGAAUCGAUAGAUCUAGCUCCCGUUCACCGAGGCGACGCAGUUCGGCUGAUUCUGAUUCGUCUUCUUGUAUGAAUGGCAUGUUAUCGAAUGCAAGAACGUUACCAGAAGUGGCACGGAAAUCUACCACAGUCUGGCAAGGGGCGCUGAUUUUGAACACUAUUCCUCGCCAAGUUGCACCUAACGGACGGAGACCACGAAAUAGUGGACAGCCUGAUGAAGGACGAGGAAGGUAAACACCACCUUCGUAUUACUCAGCGACUACGCCUCGAUCAACCCAAGUUGGAAGAUCUGCAGAAGCGCAUAUCGACGUCAUCGUCGCACGCAAUCUUCCUCGGCCUGCUGGGAUCGACGUCAUCGGUAGCAUCGUCGGAUGAUGCCAGCGUUCAGACGCGUCCACUGCGUAAUCUCGUGUCCUACCUGAAGCAGAAAGAAGCGGCCGGCGUUAUAUCCUUACUCAAUAAAGAAACGGAAGCAACCGAUGUGCUCUACUCAUUCCCGCCAUGCGAUUUUUCGACAGAAUUGUUGAAACGAACAUGUCACAACCUCACCGAGGAGGGACUGAAGGAAGACCAUCUGGUAAUCGUGGUGGUCCGAGGAGGAACAAUCCUCUGAAGUGCCUUCUUUCUGGUAUUGCAGAAACUAGUCCAUAUUGGCACAGCAUA